GUAGAAAGUUUAGAAGACAAAGUUGUGGUCCGUUUAACAUAAGUUAUUUUAACCAUGUCGAAGGGAACUGCAAUAAAUAAAAACCACAAAUUACACAUUAUUUCCCUGGACAUAAACGAUUGCUUGGGCUGCGACAAGUUACAUGUGGAAUUCUCGAGAGCCGACAAUGUGCACGUAAUCAUCUAUGAUUUGGACACAGAAUUACCCAACGAUCUGUCGGCAGUAACACCCGUGGCCCAGGCCAUUCUGCUGCUCAGUAGCCUGACUUAUCCGGAUGGCGAGAGUGUGUCGAAAGUUCCCCAGCUGAAAGUCGGAAGGGGAAGCGUCUCCAUGACCUUCGAGAUGGCCCCAUCGGAACAGGUCGAGGAGGUGCAAAGCGACCUGGACGAGACGCCCUGCACCUCGAGACAGGCCGAGCGGCGACUUACGGCGCGGAUGCAGCGCAAAAGAGAGGCCUCCCUGAGGAUCAUCCAACAGCAAACGAUCCAGGUGACCGUGGAGCGCCGCUUCGAUGACCUCACUUUGCUCGGCUCGGUCUCCUACAGGAUCAACGGGGACCAACCCCAUAUCCUCACCGUCCCGGAGUUCCACGCAAUGUUCUUCGUCCGACCCCAGUACUCGCAUAACUUUUUGUGGGAUCUCCACCAGAAAUGCGCUGGCAAUUGGCUGAAGGUUAUCCUAAGCGAUGCCGAUGGCGAUGCCUUCAGCAGCUACAAAGACCCCGAAAACCCAUUUAAGACCUUUGCAAAACUUUUUUACCGCCGGCCAAUGGAACCACAGGAUUUUUUCAGCAAAUUGGCCAAAACCUGUGUGCACGUCAAUGAGGCAGUGCGACUGUCGGAGCGGAAGUUUGUGCUUCAGGUUUUUGACCAAGUGUGUCGUAUAUUCGAGUACAUUACAUUUUACGAGUACACCGUUUGGUUUUUGGUUCCGCGCCUUAAUAAUAUCGAGCAACUACGUCCAUCGACGCUCGAAGACUUCGAUUUGACCAAAGUGCGAACAUCCAUUCGCGCCACAGGCGAUACAAGCAACAUUUACUGGGACCACACAGAUCACAAUAUUAAGGACAUACUAAUGGUGGCAUUUCAAUUGGCCCUGGCCACCAACGUCAAUCAGUCGGUUCUGGUUAUCAGUCAUUUGGAAACGCUAUCCCAGUUUAUAACAAUGCAAUAUGUGACUGCCAGCUUUAUGAACGAUUUGCACGUCAAGAAACGCUCGGAUCCUAAAUGGUUUUGCCAUCGCUAUUUGCAGCGCAUUGUCGAAAAGGCUUUGUUUAUGGGCACAAUCGUCAUCAUUGAAUACCCCAGUUCGUUUACACAAUUGGAAGAAGGUCGUCAGUUGAUCAAGUGCUUUCCAAAAAAAAGGAAGGGAUCAUCGAGAGCACUGCAAUGGGAAAUAUUCGAGGAUGUUGUCAGGGACAAUGAGUCAAGUUUACAGUUUCUCAAGGAGGCUACAAACCAGCUGGCUAUAUAGUUUGCAAAGGAAUUCAUUAGCUUCGCCUCGAACAAAAUUCAUUUAUCUGCCGUCUGCGGCUUUCACACGCAAAUAUUUCCAUCCUCAUUUUCUAAUUACGCUUCAGCUGACGGGCCAGCUGAACGCCGCCUGAAAACUCAUUCCUCAGCUCCAUUUCAAUUAGGGUUUUGCCGGCUGUCAGUUUGAGUGCCACUGGUGGAGCAGUCGAGGGUCCUUGCACCACCAACUGCACCGCCGCAAACCCAAAAACAGCAACUACAAUGCCUGUCAGACGAGAGGCACGCGUCAUUUGCCGGCGAAUUGCGUUUUGCGCUAACCAAGACCAUUUUUAGCUUAAAUCACCCGGUGGCCCAGUUGGAAAGCUAGGCGCCCGGAGAUGCAUCCUGAUGGAAUGCUGACUGACUGGCUGAUGGACUUGAAUGAUUGGUGUUUGCUGGGGCAAUUCUUCGGGCGGUGAUGCAAGGAAAUCAUCCUUUUGGAAUCAAGAGGUCACAGAUCUAAUUUUUAAUGUUUUUUAGCCCUUGAUUAUGUUUAAACGAAUGAGA